AUUUUUUCUCCAUCAGUCCAACUCAGAAACAGCCCCUUCGCUCCUGUCUGUCUAGGGUUGGAUUUUAACAGAUGCCAAAGGCCCCAGUAAGUACAGUAGGGAAAUGAAUGAUCUAGCUCAUACCACAUUUUGGGCUAAAGAGGGAGCUGAAGCAAGUUAAAACUGAGUGACUUCCCCAGGUAACACAGCAGGUUCAUAAAGAAUAAGACAUAUGAUUAAAACUAUAUUUAUGCAUGUUCAAUUUCCACGUAAGAGAUAAAUCUUUGCUUGAUUUCAAUGCCUCAGCAAUAUUAUUGUUUCUUUCAAAGCUGUACAUGGAGGAAGAAAUAUCAUUCAAUGGCCCUGAAAAAUCAUACCAAGGUGUCUGAAUUUAUUUUUUGUGGACUUACCCAGUCUCAAGAGUUGAGCUUGCUCUUAUUUUUCUUUUUAUCUGUAGUUUAUGUAACAACUGUGUUAGCAAAUGUUGCCAUCAUGGUCACUGUGACCUAUGAGUCCCGCCUUCACACCCCCAUGUACUUCCUGCUCCGCAAUCUCUCAGUCUUGGACAUCUGCUUCUCCUCCAUCACUGCUCCCAAGGUCCUCGUGGACCUUCUGUCAAGGACAAAGACCAUCUCCUUCAAUGGUUGCAUCAUUCAGAUGUUCUUCUUCCACCUUCUCGGUGGGGCAGACGUUUUUUCUCUCUCUGUCAUGGCCUUUGAUCGUUACAUGGCCAUCUCCAAGCCCCUGCACUAUGUGACCAUCAUGAGUAGGGGGCGAUGCACUGCCCUCAUUGUGGCCUCCUGGGUGGGGGGCUUUGUUCACUCCAUCGUGCAGAUUUUCCUGAUGCUGCCCCUCCCCUUCUGUGGACCCAAUGUUCUUGACACUUUCUAUUGCGAUGUCCCACAGGUCCUCAAACUUGCCUGCACUGACACAUUUGCUCUUGAGAUCUUAAUGAUUUCCAACAAUGGUCUGCUCACUACCCUGUGGUUUUUCCUUCUUCUUGUGUCCUACACAGUCAUCUUGAUGAUGCUGAGGACUCACACAGGGGAGGGCGGGAGGAAAGCCAUCUCCACCUGCACAGCCCACAUCACUGUGGUGACUCUGCAUUUUGUGCCCUCCAUCUAUAUCUAUGCCCGGCCCUUCACUGCCCUCCCCAUGGACAGAGCUGUCUCCAUCACCUUAACGGUCAUCAUCCCUGUCCUGAACCCCAUGAUCUACACCCUGAGGAACCAGGAGAUGAAGUCAUCCAUGAGGAGACUGAAGAGAAGACUUAUGUUUUCUGGAAGGGGAUAACCUCAUUAUAGACUGUCGAUCAAGAUACAAACAUAAUGGAAAAAUGUUCUUAAAAAUAUUCGCUGUCACAUAUUGGGGCUCAACCAUGCAUAGACAAUUAACUAUAGCAGGAUGGCACAGACACAAAGGAUCAGUGACCUGAAACACUGGUAUUGAGAAAGAACACCGACAGGAAGUUAAACAGAAAAACACAGUACUUGCAGAGCAAUUGACAGCAAGCAGGUUAUAAAUGUGAAAUAUAAUAGGAGGUCUUGGGUGUCCCAGCAACAGGGUGAAGGAUAGCACUGCAAUGUUCACACAUGCAGUAGGCAACAGGGACAUCUAUCUCAACAUAGCAGGGCUCCAGCUGCUAGGUCCCAGUCUAGCAAUAGUUACCCUAUGACUAUUUAUUAAGCAUAUACUGUGUAUCAAAGACUGCUUGUAAACAUUCUUCUCCAUCACCUCUGCUUUGUCAGCAACUUUGGGCCUUUUUAAUCAAUUCACCUACAAAAUACACAACAACGUAAACACAACAAUGGCAAGAAUCCAGAACAGCCUGUCCUACUGUUCAUAGCACUGCCUAAGGCAUAAUAGCUGAAAAAAGAAAAGCUGUAUCCAACCCAAUAAAUACUUUUAUUUUUCCUAUGUGCACUCCUUUAUCAUUUCCCUUACAACAGUGUAUUAAAAUACCCCAUAAAACUCCAUGUCACUAGAUCUGGUUUUCCUUUAUAUUCCCAGUGUCUAGAAUAGUGCCUGACCUAUAAAAAGCUGUAAAUGUUGGUUGAAUCUGUGGGAUGGAAUGAAAUGAAUGUCAGAAGAUGCCAAAUUCUACUUAAUCUUGUCUUUUAGUAUUUAAAACUGACUUUGGUGCACCUGGUGGCUCAGUCGUUAAGCGUCUGCCUUUGGUUCAGGUCAUGAUCCCAGGGUCCUGGGAUCGUGCCCCGCAUUGGGCUCCCUGCUCCACGGGAAGCCUGCUUCUCCCUCUCCCACUCCCCCUGCUUGUGUUCCCUCUCUCGCUGUGUCUCUCUCUGUCAAAUAAAUAUUUUUUAAAAACAAAAAUAAAUAAAUAAAUAAAUAAAACUGACUUUAUUUUCUAAAUAGAUACUUCCUCGUGGAAGCCAAAGGAAAUUGAAAUGGCUAAAUUAGAGUGUACUA